GGUGGCCUAUAAAUACCUAGCCAUCUUCUACCGGCGUCGCGAAAAGAGGGAAAAAGAGUGGGUAGCGGGGGAAAAGCUCUUUUUGGUUCUUGCGCACCAUUUCCAUUCUUUUGAUCAUUGGAAAGGCCUCAUAUCUCUCCUCUUCCGCAAGAAUCAAGGCCCAGACCCCUCCGAUCGAGAUCUCUGUCGCCUCCAGAGGCUCGAAUCUUGAAGGUCAUCUAACAAAUAUUGCACGCAAGGUUAAGCAUAUCAAGAAGAUCUGCAGUUUGCCAGAAUAAGGCACCGAUUAUAGUGUUAAAACAAAAAUUUGAGUCGAGAUUAAAGAAAUUUUGAACCAGUUUAAGGCUUUUACUUUUAGUUUUCCGAUAAUAUCAAUGCUCUGUUGGUCCAAGUGCUUCCGAUCGUAUUGAUUUAUUUUGGUUCAAUAAUCAUCACAAAAAAAAAGAUCCACCAUUUAGCAGAGCAAGGUGUUAAUCUGGGUGUUGUAAACAAGAUCUGGAUUCAAGAAAAAAACCUCAUAUUCCAAACUUUGCUUUUGUGCUAUACACUCUUAAUCUGGAUCCAGAACUCUUGUGAUACUGAUUAAAAACCCUUCGAAGGCUUCAAGUUGAUAAAGCUUGGAUUGUUAAGUUUUGGUUCUGCUCAUUUUGAUCAUGUGGAGGUUCAAGCAGUUCAUGCCGAAAGAACAAGCCGGCCUGGAAGGUCGCACAGUUGAGGUUGGCAGUCUGAAAGUCCAUGUCCGAAAUGUCAUAGCGGAAGGGGGAUUUUCCUGUGUCUAUCUCGCCCGUGAUGCUGUAAACUCAUUCAAGCAAUAUGCACUGAAGCACGUGAUUUGUCAGGAUGGGGAGUCAUUGGAUCUGGUAAUGAAGGAGAUUUCAGUGAUGAAGCUGCUCAAAGGGCAUCCAAAUGUUGUCAUUCUUGUUGCGCAUACGAUCCUGGACAUGGGUCGGACAAAGGAGGCACUGCUUGUGAUGGAGUUCUGUGAGAAGUCAUUGGUUACAGUGCUGGAGAACAGAGGGGCAGGCUACUUUGAGGAGAAGAAGAUUCUUUUGAUUUUCCGAGAUGUUUGCAAUGCAGUGUUUGCCAUGCAUUGCCAGUCACCACCCAUUGCGCAUAGAGAUCUGAAAGCUGAGAAUGUUCUACUUGGAGCUGAUGGAGCUUGGAAAUUGUGUGACUUUGGUAGCACCUCAACCAAUCACAAGUGCUUCAGCCGGCCUGAAGAGAUGGGCAUUGAAGAAGAUAAUAUCAGAAAGCACACUACCCCCGCAUAUAGAGCCCCUGAGAUGUGGGAUCUAUACAGAAGGGAAUUUAUCAGUGAGAAAGUAGACAUUUGGGCUCUUGGAUGCCUACUGUACAGAAUUUGCUACUUUAAAUCUGCAUUUGAUGGUGAAUCAAAGCUUCAAAUCCUUAAUGGAAAUUAUCGCAUCCCAGAGUUGCCUAAGUACAGUGCUUCCGUGACAAGUCUUCUUAAAGACAUGCUUGAAGCCUCUCCAGAUGCCAGACCAGACAUCACGCAGGUAUGGUUCCGUGUUAACGAGCUACUGCCAGCAGAGCUGCAGAAGCAUUUGCCUGAUGGGUCUCCAUCUGCAUUAAAUGUUGACAUAUGCCCACCUGCAUCAGAUGUGCAGGAUGAAGGAGUUCGAGAAAGGACAUCAGCAAUGCCUCGUAGGAGCCCUCCACCACCACCACCAUCAAGAGAACACAUUCAAAGUACCUCACGUUCAUCAACUUCAAAGGUUGCUGGGGAUGGUGGACAAUUGGGUGCGUUUUGGACUAGCCAGCGUGUUCAAGAUUUGCACACUGAAGAGGAUAAGGGACCAAUAUUUGACAAAGAACCAGCCAACAAAAUGGCAUCCAAGCACAAUCGAAGAAUACCUGAGAAUAGAGCUAGUCCUCCAAAAGAACAGCAUCUCCAACGGAGUGUCCAUAGGAACUCUCCAGAGAGAUUUGACACUGCCCCAGCUGAGGACUUUGAAAUAAGAUUUUCUCCCGGUGGCUCGGAGCAAGGUUUAGAGAAAACCAGAGUAUCUGAUCCUGAUGGUAAAGCCAGCUUUCAGAACAAGGCAUUCAACGCAUUUGUGGCUGAGUUUGAUACCGGUAAGCACCAGUCUGCAAAUGUUGCUAGUAAUAUUAACAAUAAGAGUAGAUUAGGGGACAAAGGGUUGGAAGCAGAGUUAUUUAGGCUGAAGGAAGAGCUGAAGCAAGUUAACAUGGAAAAAGAAGAAAUAACAUCCAAGUAUGAAAAGCUGUCUGCCAUUUGCCGCUCCCAGAGGCAGGAGAUCCAGGAGCUGAAGCGUACCCUUGCUGCAACAACCUCAUCACAUGCAGGCAAAGACAGUUCAAAGGCCCAGGCAUCUCCUGGAAGCACACAGUCGGAUACUCCGCCAAGGGAGAAGAUAGGAUCAGUGUGGGAGCUCCAACAAGGGAUGUUUGCAGAUAGCCCUGCAACACCCAGCCCAGAUCCCAAGCCCUGGCAGCCUUUUGCUGAAGAGUCAAAGGUGCAGAGCACACCAAAGGGCAUUCACCCUAGAUCAGUUCGAACAGUUAGGGCAGCCAAUGGCAGCAGGGAUGAUACCAAACAAACCACCACUUAUUCCGCCAAUGAACCAUGGGGCUUUGACGAUGAUAGUUUCAAGGCAAUCCCUUCUGGCUCAGGGGUGUCGGGGACUUCGGUUCAAGGGAAUUCCUCACAGCGGUUUGGUGGGGGCGGUGAAACGAAGAAGGCGGAAACCAGCCAGCCAGCUGGAUGGGCUGGUUUCUGAAGUGUCCCUAUAGACGGAGAUUUAAUUGUUAUUGCUGUAAUUUUUAUAAUUAAACUUUAUAUACAACUGAGGAUGGGGGGUGACACAGAUGUCUUGCAUCAUUUAUCCUUGUGCUUUUUGGAAGAAAAAAAAGGAGCGGAGAGAGGGAAAUAUGGCAUCUAGCCCGAUUCUGGACGGGAGUUGCCAGGCAUUGGUGGGGGCUAGAACAGAUGGGAGCCGUUGUUCAGCUCUUGUACCGAUCCUGGAGGUCGUCUAUUCUAUCAUGUGUUUUGUAAUUGAAGUGGUCCUCAUAAAUGGUUCUCGUGUCAGUAUUAGUUCCAUCACAGCUAUUUUCAUGUGCCACUCGGUGGCAUUUUCUUUCAUAAAUAAAUUCCUUCUGCACUCUUCUGCAC